UUCUGUCCAAUGAACUCACCUGCAGCUCAAAGUGCAGCAGUUUAACUUUGCAGCUGCAGAGCUUAAUAAAUUGGGGGGACAGACAGCUUUGAUAUGGCAGCAAUUCCUCGGAAGAUCAUUUAUACACCAACAGCCCCGGUGAGACAGGGGAUUUAUAGCCAAGCGGUGGUGGUGGACAGGACCAUGUACAUCUCUGGUCAGAUUGGGAUGAAUGUGGCCUCUGGUCAGCUGGUGGAUGGAGGAGUGCAGGCUCAGACUAAACAGGCUCUGAGUAACAUGGGAGAAAUCCUUAAAGCAGCAGGCUGUGACUACACUAACGUGGUGAAGACCACUGUGCUGCUGAAAGAUAUAAAUGACUUCAACUCUGUCAACGACAUCUACAAGACAUUUUUUAGCUCCAACUUUCCAGCCAGGGCUGCUUAUCAGGUGGCUGCUCUGCCUAGAGGCGCACUGGUUGAAAUCGAGGCGGUCGCCGUCCUCGGCCCGCUUUCUGACUCCUGACAAGCCGACCAAGUCUCAAACAAGUUGUAGGUCUCCAGGUCAAACUGCAGCCGGUUCUUUCAAAAGCCUAACAAGAUCAGAAACCCCUGAAGCCUGUAGGAGGAGUGUAACCAUGGCUUUAAACUGCUUCAGUCUGAUAUACACCACUACCACUGAGAUCAUCUUAAGACUGAUUCUUGGGUUUCUUCUGGUGGUGUCAUUUUUACAUAUAAAAUCAUUAACAGAAGCAACUAAUAAAGAGGUUGAUUCAAAGAAAAA